AUGUCCGCAUUCUCAACUACACCCAAGACUUCCUGGCUGUUGUGCCUUGGUCUGGUCAUCCUCGCCCCCUUGGCCCCAAAGCAGGCCGAUGCACAUAUGGCCAUGCUCUACCCUACCCCUCGCGGAGGUUACGCCACCAAACGAUUCCACGGACGCAUCCACGUCUUCGUCGACUACAAGGGCUACAAGUUCCCCUGCGGCGGUUCCCCCGAGGGACCCACUACCCUACAGUACAUGUUCAAAAAGGCUCCCUUUGGUUUGAAGCCGCUCUCGAGUCUGUUCCAAAGAGCAGAGAAGAACAUGAAGCUCACGUUAAAUGUGUGA